AUGACCAUCAAUAUUGAAAUUCACUGCAUCUAUUUGCCAUUGACGACCUGGAGAAGCAAACAUCGAAGGUAUCAUCGAGAAGCAUCUGGCGCGAGGUCUCGGCCUGAGACUCUCCCUUGGGGGUUAGCACCGAGAAAUCGGAGCUUCCUUGAAUCCGACCCUCCGCAUUCCACAAUAACCCUCUUCGCCAUCUUCACCGGCGGCAGGCUGAUACUCUCCCAGCUCGUCAAUAGCUCCCGCCUCUCGUCGUCGGACAACACCGGUCGAGAUAUCUCGAUCUCCGGCAGGCUUGAAGAGGAUUUCACGACACAGAUCUUAAAGUGUUCGCCGUUUUCAUGGAACCGGCGCCGGCGGAGGAAUUUGUUGGUUUCGCAAAGGGGGAAAAGUUGGGUGAUUAACGCAGUGGACAACAUGCUUCUGGUUACGAAUCUCUAUCAUUUUUGGCGCUGA